CUAGAGCUAGAGUCGGUGCCGUUACAGGAUUGCUCAAUGGUUGUGUCACCAGGAGGCUGGACUGGUCGGGCGGAGUGUUUGAGCUCUGAUCUCAACAUCACUGGAGCUCACUCACUCUCUGCCUCUCUCUCUGAGUGUGAGGCGGUCCCUCUUUCUCUCCUCUCUCCCUCUCUUCUCUCCCUGUCUUAUUCUCUCUCUCUCUCUCUCUCUCAGACUGGGCUCUGAGGGAUCCGGAUUUUCUCACCAAAAAGUACACAGACCUCAGAGCCACGGGCAAACGAAAGGACGUGGGUUGGAUUAUUACCAGAGAGAGGAGAGGGGAAAAAAACGCGGCGUCACUGAAUCUGCUGAAGUUUCAUUUAUAUCUCCACUACAAUGAGCCUCACACGGAGAAAUGGAGCGCGCAGUUUGUAGUUUAUUCUAACCACCAAGGGACACAUCCUAAACAAGUCAAGGGGUCUCGUUUUUUGUUUUUGUUUUUGUUUUUCUUGCUUUCCCGUUGAAUCGGUCUAUCAGGAGGAUGAACUUGCAGUGGAGCAGCCCGGCACCCUCCUGCAUCCGCACCGGGAGAGUCGCGCACAAGCGGCUGGACUCAGACGAUCAGCCGCCGGCGAAAUGCGCCAGGCUGAGCGCCGAGGCGGGGGACACCCAGGGACUCCUCCUCGGCACCUCUCCCGGGUCCCCGGUCAGCCCCGUCUCAAACCCCGUCCCGACGAUCCACCAGGGACCAUCCAGGAUAGGACCGUUUCUGCUUCUACCUCUGGCGGACCGGGAGAGCGUGCACAGCGCGAUGAACACCGACACCGGCGACGAGCUGCUGUGCAAGGUCUUUGAAAUGGGGGUAUACCAGGAAAAGAUAAGACCCUACGGGAUCCUACCACCCCACAAGAAUGUGGCCGGCAUCAGGGACAUCAUCAUUGGCGAACGCAAGGCCUACGUGUUCCUGGACAAGGACUUUGGGGACAUGCACACCUUGGUGAAGAGCUGUCGCAGGCUGGAUGAGGAGCACGCCUGCAGGCUUUUCCGUCAGGUGGCCCUGGCUGUGGCGCACUGCCACCAGGCUGGCAUUGUGCUGGGUGACCUCAAGCUGCGCAAGUUUGUCUUCGCAGAUGAGAAAAGGACACAGGUGAGACUUGAAAGCCUCGAGGACUGUCGCGUCCUAGAAGACCCCAACGACGACUCCAUGUCAGACACUCAUGGCUGCCCCGCCUACGUCAGCCCAGAGAUCCUCAGCAGCUCCGCGCCUUACUCUGGCAAGAUGGCUGACAUGUGGAGCCUGGGGGUCAUGCUGUACACCAUGCUGGUUGGCCGCUACCCCUUCCAUGACCCAGACCCAGCCACGCUGUUUUCCAAAAUCCGCAGAGGCCAGUGCUGUUUGCCAGAGGGCUUGUCGCCCAAGGCCAAGUGUCUGCUCCAGAGCCUGCUGAGGAAAGAUCCCUGGGAGAGACUCACGGCGACUGAGCUGUUCGCUCACCCAUGGUUCCACCAUCCGCCCUCGUCGCAGGAAGUGGUGCCAGGCGAACAGGAAGUGAGCUCGGCAGAACAGAUGGUGCCAUCCUUUGACGUGGAAGAGGACAGUGAUCUGUUCUGCUGACGGACUUGAUUCAGCUGAGUCUGGCUGAGGGACCAAAACAAAAAUUGCUAUGAGGGAUUCAUUGUUGUUUUUUUACAUUGGCACUUUUUAGAAACCCAUUUGUGUACUGUUGAGUGUACAAACACCCUCAAGCUUUCUACAACUGUACUGUAUUUUGUUGUCGUAUUUGUGUUAUUUGCUAAGGGCAUUGUUCACAAUGAUCAUUCAUUGUUUUUCUAUAUGUGUUUUUUGAAAUUAUUUGGUGCUAAAAGAUAUAACAAGGACUCAGACUUUGCCAGAUUAUGUUAACAAAAUAAUCUCUGCAGGCUACUGUGAGUAUAUCACAGAAAAUUAACCCAUGGCAAACAGUAGUCACCAAUGCUUGCUCUCAGCCUGGAUUCACAAGGCUUCAGAAGGCAUUAGAUGAAUCCUGAACGGGAGGCGAGGAGAGCGGGAUGUUGUUCCUCUCACUCUCUCUGACCAGGCUGGAGGCUCCACCGGCUGACUCACCGACCGGCUCGAGGAAGGCCUAGUACAAGCUUGACGUCUCGCAGCAGGCGGUGUCACAGAGUGAGAAAGAUGGUUAGCAGAAGCCUGAUGUGUCACCCUCAGCGGGGACGCUACGAAGGUGUUUUCGCUGCCAAUCUGGCAACAUCUCAGCAAAUGGAGAGCAUUUACAAAUCUCACACCAUGCACAGAAGGUUGAGAAAGGCAGAGUGUUGCUGAUGUAAGACAAGCAGGGAGAUUAGGUCUCAGACACACAACAAUAAGCAGUGGCACUGGGCUAACACAAGUCUUUGUAUAUGGCUAACAGAGAAAAGUACAUCUCAGUAAUUUUCUCACUUUUAACCGUUGAACCUAAAACAUUUACCUUACUUAAAAACAUGCUCAAAGCAGAAUAUAUCAGAUAAAGGUUGCAUCAAAACAGGAACUGUCAAUUAACAUUGAGUCUGACCUUGCAAAUUUGAUCGAUCUGUUCGGCUUUUCUGAAAUGCUGCGUGUGCAAUUAGGCAAAGCUAAACCACUAAACACUAAUGCUUCUGGUUCAAAAUCAAAUGCAGGAAGGAACUGUUGAUUUGUUGUUUUGUUUGGUCACAUUUGCAGCAACAGAAAUGGUGAAUAAUUAUUACACCUGGAAGGCAUGCUACAGAAAAAUAAACAUUCAAAUGGUACUUCCGACUGACACAAUAUGAAUUAUCUCUCAUUCCAAUCAAACCAGAAAGAAACACAUUAGAGACUUUCUCAGUUGAGGAGUUGAACCUGUUUUGUUAAUUUCUGUUGGAACAUUAUGUCAAGCUGAGCUGUGCUGAGUGUUGUGCCCGUAUCACUGUGUUUCAUAAACUGAACGGCUCUGAAUCAGUCGCAGUCAGGCGAUAUUUGAUGUUGGUUGUCUGAUGAUGACUCAACACUUGAGCGUGUCUGUAGAGAAUGGUCCUGACCUUGGCUGGAAGAAUCUGUUCUGACUGUUUCACCUUUUUAAUGUUUUUUUUCCCUUCCUUUUUUUUGCCGUUGAAAGCUGUGGAUCCAUUGAGACUAGUCAUCAUAGUUAGUGACAUGAUGUACCAGAUUCUAAAAGAUGUUUUAUAUUGGACUGUGACAGAUGGAUGCAGCGCUUCAGUGACGUUUAGCCUUACAGGUUACUGUGGGUCUGUGGUCAGCUACUUCAUUCUGGCACAAUUACUUUGACAAUGGUACUAAAUCUAACAUAUCCGAGAAGCGGGGUGCAUUUAAGUUUUGGGUCACACGGCUAAUAAAACAUCUGUUGCAGUUCUUUUAUUAUUUUAUCUCAUCUGCUUGAGAUACCAGAUGGGAGCAGACUUGUGACAAUCUGAAUUGUGUCUCACAGAAAAGUAAUUUAAGAGAUGAAUGGUUUUGUUUCUGGUUCAUACAUGUAGAGUGAGUCACACAUUCAUGUGACAUGUAGAGUAAACUGACACGGGUGCACAAACGUCAUAUUGCACUGUGAAUUAUGUAUUUGUGACACAACCUAGAGGCUAUUAUUAGUCCAGACAGGUUACACACAAGAGAUAUAUUCAUUGUACAAAAGUUGUAAAUAUGUAUAUUUGAAAUAUGUGUGGAGAUGUUGAAUAAAGAUCACAUUUUUUCAUAUUCA